AUGAUUAAAAUGAAUGAUGCUAAAGAAAACUCUGGUUUUAAAAGUUAUAUAGGAGAAUCGGAACUAGAAUCAAUUAGUUUGGAUGAUAUACAACGAACAAAAAUUUUAGAAGGGGAAACUAUUGUCCAUGAGGAACCCAAAGUACUUCUUUAUGUACCUCUUAGUGAUAGAAAGACAUGUAUUAAUGGUAUCUUAGCAGUGACCACUUUUAAGCUCUCAUUUAUGAGUGCAGAGGAGCAAGAGUCUAAUUGCUACCAGCAGAAUCUUUUAUUAGGUGUAAAUGAUAUAUGUCUGUCUUCCAUUGAUGUUAUUUAUCAACUAGGGGAUAGAACCAAGAAGAAACUUUUACCGGGACAAAAUGUUACAGGGAAGGUCAAAGAAAUACUUAUAAUUUGUAAAAAUAUGAGGAGUUUUGAGUUUAGUUUUAAACAUAGUUCAAAAGAAAGUGGGAAGAAAAUAGUCAAUGCUUUGCUACACCAUGCAUACCCAAAAAGGCAUUCAUUAUUAUUUGCUUAUGAUUAUAACGACCCUUAUGUAAAUAACGCUUUAAACAGGGAAGCCCGAUUUUUCGACAAAAAGGCAGAUUGGGAAAAAGAACUGAAACGAACGAAAUGUCAAAACUGGAGGAUAUCUCAAGUGAAUUUCAAUUAUCAGAUAUCUCCUUUGUUAAUAGAAACCCUUAUUAUUCCACAAUCAGUAACAGACAAAAUUAUUGAGGAUACAGUUGGAAAGUUCCGGAACAGGUUUUGUCCGUUGUGGGUAUGGGGUACAAGUAAAGGAGCAGCUCUAGUCAGAAUGGCAGAUCUUCUUCCGACUAUUUCAGAUCGGACAGAAGAAAAUAUACUUCUUGAACAUAUACGUAAGAGUCAUCCAGCCAUAAAAGAACCACACAUAAUCGAUCUCUCAUCGCCUACUCCCAAAGAUAUCCAAACCAGUUAUUUGAAACUUAGAGACCUGUGCACACCCGAUAGUACGAGGGUGUUUAAGAAUCAAGAUUUUAAAUUCUAUGGCCUUUUGGAUAGUACAAAGUGGCUCUUGUAUGUGUCUACUUGUUUGACGAAGGCACUCGAGGCAGCUGAUUAUCUUAAUACACAUGAAUCCACAGUAGUACUUCAAGAAGGUAAUGGACAAGAUUUAAAUUGCGUAGUAUCUAGCCUAACGCAAUUAAUACUCGAUCCGUAUUUCCGAACGAAAUUUGGCUUCCAGUCUCUCAUCCAAAAAGAAUGGGUCGCUUUAGGACACCCAUUCUCUAAUAGACUUGGUCACAUUUUAUGUAAAGAAAUAGAACCUUCGCCCAUAUUUCUAUUAUUUCUAGACUGUGUCUGGCAGCUUUUGCAACAAUUUCCACAAGCUUUCCAGAUAAGCGAAACUUAUCUAACGACGCUUUGGGAUUCAGCACACAUUUCUAUAUUUGAUACGUUUUUGUUCAACAGCCCGCAUGAUAGAUUUAUGGCCGAAACGGGAUCUUUAAUUUUAAGAAGUGUUUGGGAUUGGAGAGAGCAGUUUGCGGAUAAAGACAUCAUUCUCUUUUGCAAUCCCUUAUACGAUGACAGCUUCCGUGAGCCUAUUAAACCCAAUACAGGUCUAUCUUCUAUGGAAAUAUGGUUACAAUGUUAUUUUAGGUGGUUACCAGAUUUAGAAAUUCGCACCGGAGGUAGACCGCAAAUAGACUUAUUUAGUCGGUAUCUAGUCGCAGAAAUACUGCAAACACAGCAAAACCCGACGGAUAUUAAUGGCAAGCUGAACAAAAGCAAAGAGCAGUAUUUCGAAUUAAUUCAAAAAGUUAACAGUUUCUUCCCUUUUAGCCAUAAUUCUAGUCUGUUGUCGGGAGACGCUACUAAUAGCGUUCUUUUGACAGGAGACGUUUUGGAUACGCAAUCCAUACUUAAUUUUACUAACGAUUGA